UGUUCAUGUUCGCAUCGCAUUGUUUUGCUUUCCAACCUAGCAAUGCCCGUUUUAUUUAUUAGGUCAAAAGAACAGGAAAGACUUGGGUAACGCAAUAGAGACAACGUCAUAUUGAUCAUUAUAAGGCCCGAAAGAAGGCCAAAAUCAGCAGUCACUUGUAAACAGCGAUGUUAACGGUGGCACUCAUACAACUGCUGAAUAGGAUAAAACCAGAGCCGAAAAAUGAGUCCCCUCAGCCCGCAGCCGAAGGAGACACUGACAGAGCAACACCAGCGCCUCCAACUGGAGACGGACAGUUAUGCAGACCUCAUCCGCAAACAGAAGGAGAAAGUUGUCAAAGUGGAGGCCAAGAUGAAGGAUUUGCAGAGCAAAAUCUGGGUGAAGAAGAAACAGAUGGGAGGUCUUAGCUCCACUCUCAGCAGGCCCCUUCAGCAGAUCAAACACAUCCGCGUCCUGGAAGACCGUCUCAACCAGGCCACCACCCGGUUUGACAAGCAGCUGGCAGAGAACAAGGCCAUGCGGGACGACAUUGACCACCUGCGGCAGCAGCGAGGCACCAUGGCCCGCAUCUACCACCGCCUCAACAAGGAGCUGGCCAUGCAGCACCACGUCAUGGAUGAACUGGUGGACAAGUCUGUUGUGGCCUACGACCAGAGGUCUGAGGCGCUGGCUCGCAUGUUGGCAGUGCGUGAGCGCAGCAAGAAGGAGGCAGCUCAGGCCCAGACGGAGAUGACGGAGCUGCAGCGGGUGAUCGACCACGAGACCAAGCUGAGGACCUUCAUGGCCCAGAAGUCACAUGAGUACAUCCCCUCCACCGAGGACGAGGAGGCCAGGAGGAGGAAGGCUGAGCAGUCCCAGCGUGAGCGAAUGGGAGGAGAGAGUCUGGAGAUGUACCAGACCGUCCACAAGCACAUUGUGGCGGUCACUGGUGAAAGGAACCUGCGCAACAUCGCCAUCGCCUUCGUGGAGAACGAGGAGAAGAGCUUCUCCUACUUCAACUACAUCAAUGAGCUGAACAACAAGAGCACUAUGCUGAGGGACAACAUCAACAAGCUGAAGAGUGAGAUUGUCCACUUUGAGCAGCAGAAUAAACAGCAUGAUGAACAGUGGCACAGCCAUCUGAAGGAGCUGGAGGCCGAGCUUGAGAAGCAGCGCUCCGAGGCCAACGACAUGGAGGCUCAGCACCAGGUGGUGUGCAAGUCCCUGGACCAGAUGAAGAGCGCCAUCGCCGACCUCUUCACCAAGAUGAAGUGUGACCCCUCGCCCAUCACCGAGAAGCUGGGCAGCAGCGCUCAGGUCACCGACGACAACGUCACCCACUUCAUUGGCAUUGUGGAGGAGAGUCUCCAUAAGCAGCUGAUGCUGCUGCUGCAGGCCGACUUCCUCCAGUCAGAGCAGGGGGAGGUGGCGCCCUACAACAUACUGCUGGAGAACUGCCGCCUGCUGCCCUCCCUUACCACCUCCGCGGUGGAGCCGCCCUCCGCCAACUCCUUUGACGAGGCCGCACUAGACAUGCUGCAGGGACCAGGCAGCGAGAAGACCCUGGACCACAAGAGCUUGUGCAAGCAUGUGCUGAAGCGUGUGAUGCUGACAGAGCAGGGCAAAGGGCCCAAGCCUGCCUCGGCCAUGGCCGCCCCCAAGGGCAAAAAGAAAAUGGCUUUUAGCGGCUCCAAAUCCGCAUGAGACUCCAGCACCUUGCCUGCCUACAGGCCCUUUCCCCUUCUCUUUGGCCCAUUAAACAUGAACUCCCCAUUGCAUCA